AUGUCAAUUAAUGGUAUAAAGGAAGAUCCAGACGCAGUUUUACUACAAUUAUCUAAACGAGUAUUGAAAUAUUUGGGAGUAGAAGAUCUGGACUAUACCAUUUCUAACUUUAUACUAUCAUUAUAUAAUAAGGCCAAUGAAGGAGAUAAUCAUGGAAAGUCUGAAAAAUUAACUAGUUUCAAACAAGUGUUGAAAGAAAAUGGGGGUGACGAGUUUCCUGGAUCGUUUAUAACUGAAUGUUAUGAGGUGAUAACUAAUGCUGUACCGAAGAUUAAACAAGAAGAUACUGUACCGAAGAUUAAACAAGAACAUUCAGGAUUAAGUCUACCGGAUAAAAUCAUUGAUUAUGAAGAAGAAGAGGAAGAAGCCAUAAAGAAGCAAGAUAGUCCUGCCUUAUCCAUUAAAGAAGAAGAGAUUGAAGAUGAUUCUAAGUUAAAAGUCGGAAGAAUAUAUCGAGGUUAUGUAAGUAAUGUUACAUCUUAUGGAGCAUUUAUUAGAUUAAAUAAUCCUAAAUCUUUCCAAUCUGGUUUAUGUCAUGUAUCACAAAUCUCAUUUGAUGGAAGAAGUAGAAUUCAAAAGCCAUCGGAUGUUUUAAAAGUAAAUCAAGAAGUAUUUGUAAAGAUUACUAAGAUUGAUAUACCGUCUAAUUUAGGACCGAAUGCAAGAACAAGAAAUAAUAAUAGAAGAGAAAAGAUAGAUUUAUCAAUGAGAGGAAUUGAUCAAGUUACUGGAAUAGAUAGAACAGAAGAAUUAUUAUUUGAAGAAGAUGAAAGAAGAAGAGGUAGAGAAGAACAAAGAAUUAUUGAGACUAAAUCAAAGAAAAGAAGAUUAACUUCACCUGAAAGAUGGGAAAUUAGACAACUAAUAGCUUCAGGAGUUGUUUCAGCCGAUGAUUAUCCUGAAUUACAAGGUGAUGAAGAUCCUAAUUCUGCCUUUGAAUCUCGUAAGAUAACUGAAGAAGACAAAGAUAAUGAAAUAGAUAUUGAAUUGAAUAGUUCUGAACCAAAGUUUUUAAAAGGUCAAACUCAAAAUUCAGUUCAAUAUGCUCCAGUUAAAAUAUUAAAGAAUCCUGAAGGUUCAUUAAAUAGAAGUGCAAUGAAUGGAUCUAAAUUUGCUCGAGAAUUUAAAGAAGAGAAGCUUAAAGAAAAGAAAGAAUCUGAAAAGGUUAAUAAAUCAAAUUCUCAUGAUCCUCUUAAUGAAAUUAAUAAAGGUUAUGAUGAUAAAACAAAUAAUGUUAUUUUAGAUUGGAAAAAGGCUCAAAUGUCAAAAAAUUCUCUGUAUGGUAAACGAACAAGUCUUUCAUUAAAGGAACAACGAGAAUCUUUACCUGUAUAUGCUAUGAGAUCUCAAUUGGUUCAAACCGUAAGAGAUAAUCAAUUUGUAGUUAUUGUAGGAGAAACAGGUUCAGGUAAAACUACUCAAAUAGUUCAAUAUUUAUCAGAAGAAGGAUUUAAUUUAGAUGAAAAUGGUAAUCAUAAAAUAAUUGGUUGUACACAACCAAGAAGAGUAGCAGCCGUUUCUGUUGCCAAAAGAGUAGCAGAAGAAGUUGGAUGUAAUUUAGGACAAGAAGUAGGUUAUACAAUUAGAUUUGAAGAUGAAACAAGUUCUAAAACUAAAAUUAAGUAUAUGACUGAUGGUAUGUUACAAAGAGAAGCAUUAAAUGAUCCUUAUAUGAAUAAAUAUUCAGUAAUAAUGUUAGAUGAAGCUCAUGAAAGAACCAUUUCAACUGAUGUUUUAUUUGGAUUAUUAAAGAAUGCUUGUACUAAAAAUCCUAACUUAAAAGUUCUAGUAACUUCAGCAACUUUGGAUUCAGAAAAGUUCUCCAAGUUUUUUAAUGAUUGUCCGGUUCUUACAAUUCCUGGUCGUACAUAUCCGGUUGAAAUCUUAUAUACUAGAGAACCAGAAUUAGAUUAUUUGGCAGCUGUAUUAGAUUCAGUAGUUCAGAUCCAUAUUUCAGAACCUACUGGUGAUAUCUUGGUAUUUUUAACUGGUCAAGAAGAAAUUGAUACAUGUUGUGAAGCAUUAUAUGAACGUAUGAAAGUUUUAGGUGAUACAGCUGCUGAUUUAGUUAUACUCCCAGUAUAUGCUGCUUUACCAGCAGAAAUGCAAACUAAGAUCUUUGAACCAGCACCACCUGGAGCAAGAAAAGUUGUUAUAGCAACCAAUAUUGCUGAAACUUCUAUUACAAUUGAUGGAAUCUAUUAUGUAGUUGAUCCAGGAUUUGUUAAAAUCAAUGCUUAUGAUGCAAAAUUAGGUAUGGAUUCAUUAAUUGUUAGCCCGAUUUCUCAAGCUCAAGCUAAUCAAAGAAGUGGUAGAGCUGGUAGAACAGGACCUGGUAAAUGUUAUCGAUUAUAUACAGAAACUGCCUAUAAUAAUGAAAUGAUGGCAAAUUCAAUACCAGAAAUUCAACGACAAAAUUUAUCUCAUACAAUUUUAAUGUUAAAGGCAAUGGGAAUAAAUGAUUUAUUAAAUUUUGAUUUUAUGGAUCCUCCACCUACCAAUACUAUGUUACUGGCUUUACAAGAUUUAUAUACUUUAUCAGCUUUAGAUGAAGAAGGUUAUUUAACUAAACUUGGUAGAAAAAUGGCAGAUUUCCCUAUGUCACCACCACUUGCUAAAACUCUUAUAACUUCUGUUGAAUUUGGUUGUUCAGAAGAAAUUCUUAGUAUUGUUGCUAUGUUAUCAGUUCAAACUAUAUUUUAUAGACCUAAGGAUAAACAAAAUUUAGCUGAUCAAAGAAAAGCAAGAUUUCAUCAUUCUUUAGGAGAUCAUUUAACUUAUUUAAAUGUUUAUCGAUCCUGGGUACUUAAUAAAUAUAGUAAAGAUUGGUGUCAAGAUAAUUUUAUUCAAGAAAGAAGUAUGAGAAGAGCUCAUGAAGUUAGACGACAAUUAUUAACUAUUAUGAAGAAAUAUAAUCAAAAUAUAAUAUCAUGUGGUUCUGAUCUUGAUAAAGUUAGAAGAGCAUUAUGUUCAGGAUUUUUUAAAAAUUCUUCUAAACGAGAUCCUCAAGAAGGUUAUAAGACAGUUUCAGAAGGUACACCAGUUUAUCUUCAUCCAUCAUCAGCAUUAUUUGGUAAAAAUCCUCCUUAUGUAUUAUAUCAUACACUUUUAUUAACUACUAAGGAGUAUAUGCAUUGUGCUACUGUAAUCAAUCCUAAAUGGUUAGCUGAACUUGCUCCAACAUUUUUUCAAGUAGCUGAUCCAGAAAAGGCUAAUGAAAGAAAGAAGAAUGAAAAGAUUGUUCCAUUAUUUGAUAGAUAUGCAAAGAAUCAAGAUUCUUGGCGAUUGAGUGCUCAGAACUCAUCUAAAAGAAGAGCUCUCGGAAAUAGAUAGUAUAGACUGUGUAAUAUAAAGUGAGUAAUGAAUAA